AUGUCCUCGGAUAGAAACCAAGGUAUUAGAUUACCUCCAAUAUCAUUCUUGUCUUCCUCAGCUUCACCACCUACUCAACCAGCUCAACUACCACCGCCGCCGCAGCAACGGAAUAAAUUGUCACCACCAACAAGCUUGGGCAUUCACAAUUUUCUAAAUAAUCCAAUACCAAAUGCUCAACCUCAAUCAUCAGCCACUUCUUCAUUGUCACCUCCACAAUCCCAUGGUGAUCAACAUGUAAAUAAAAAAAUAAAAACUUCAGCAUCUCCACAAUUGAUCCACUCAUCAGUCUCACCACCAAAUCAGCAUCAACAAGCACCACAAGAAGAAAAACAAUAUGUUUUGCCCAAAAUUAAUCAAAUAACACAACAUUCCCAACAGGAACUUCGACAAACAUCACCCCCGCUCCCACAACAUCAACAAGUAUAUCAGGUACAACAAAGUUAUUCCCCACCUGCAACCUCAACCUCAGAACAACAAUCUCCACAGCCACCUACACCUCAACAGCAACAACAACUACAACAGGAACCGGUAUUACAUCACCAUCAUCAUCACCACCAUCACAAUAAUAAUAAUAAUAAUAAUAAUAAUAAUAACAGUAACAAAGCAUCAUCACCAUCAUCACCACCACCAUCAUCAUCACUCUAUCGAUCAUCAUAA